UCGUCGCCACACUCUGGUGAUCAUCCCCCGCGUCGUCGAGCGAACCUCGGGGUGACUUCGACCCCGCAUAAACGCACCAUCGACGUGUUGAGCGGCAAGCGAUCGCGAUCCAGUUGACCGGAUGCACCGAGAUACUAGGAUGUGACAGAAGAGACAACUUUCCGCUCUUGCCGUCAUUAGCGUUGAUUGGUUUUACGCAUUACGCAUAACCAGCUUGUGUUUUGUGAGUGAGUUGAGUUUCUUCCGUGCGUGAUAUCAUUGUGCGUGAGAGCCUGCGUCAUUGAUCUGCACGUGACACGCAGCGCUAGAAUGUUGUGCCUAUGCCUAUACACCUAAGCGCACACGCAUGGUGGGUGUCAAUUGUCGAGGGGAAUUUUAUUGCUCGCUACCGCGUCCUAUAUCGCAAUUGUCAUAAAUGGUGGAUUACUACAGCUACAAGAUGUCAGGAAGCGACGAAGAGUUCGAGACCCAGAUCUCGCAAGGUGGGAUGUCCAAGGCCGAACUUAGAAGGAGCAACAAGCCGAUCAUGGAAAAGCGGCGAAGGGCGCGGAUAAAUCAAUGCCUGGAUGAACUCAAGAGUCUGAUACUUGAAGCGAUGAAAAAAGACCCGGCGCGGCACUCGAAACUGGAGAAGGCCGACAUUCUGGAGAUGACGGUGAAACACCUGCAGACGGUUCAGCGGCAGCAGUUGACCACGGCGGUGGCGACGGAUCCGGCGGUGCUGACCAAGUUCCGAUCUGGAUUCGCGGAGUGCGCGACGGAGGUGUCGCGCUACGUGAGCCACUUGGAGAACGUCGAUCCGGCGGUGAGACAGCGGCUGGUAUCGCAUCUCAACAGCUGCGUGACGAGCCUCCAGCAAAUGGUGCCGUUCUACAGCCACUACGUGCCGUACAUGCCGGAGCGCGUAUUUCCGGAAGUGAAGGUCGGCUUCCAGAGCGACUUCCACAGCGGUGACGAGAACAACAACGGAAGCGCGAGGAUCCAGAUCCCCAGCGGUGUCCAGCUCAUUCCCAGUCGUCUUCCCAGCGGCGAAUUGGCCCUUCUGGUUCCUCAGUCGGCCGGGAUAUCCGCCAACUUUCCCUUCUUUCCACCACCGCCUGAGUCCACCUCCAAGAUCGGACCAUCCUCGGCCUUCACCGCGGUUCACAGGUCGCAAAGCCCGCUUCUGAGCCCGUCGACGUCGACCUCGAGCUUCGGGGAGGAGAGUCACCACUCGGAGCACUACCAGCAGGCUCAUUCACCCGGACAGCACCUCUUCAAGAUCCCGGAUCAGAGCCCGGCGUCCUCAUCUUUGAAGAGUUUCUCUUCACCGGAGACCCAGAAGGCCCAUAUCAGCUCCUCGAGCGACCGGAAAUCCCCGGUUUCGUCCCUCACCGAGGUCAAGGUCAAUGUCAAGACCGUCAAACUGGGAGUGAGUGUCCAGCGUGGCGAGGUAUCGGAAACCGGAACCGUUGGCUCCUCUUUACCGGCAACGCGACUUCCGUUAUCGGUAAUAACCGACCGGCCGUACAAUAAAAAUUCGAUGUACACCAGGAGGGAGACCCUCAAGCGUCCAUAUUCCGAAAAUCUAUUGGCAAUUUCCGAGAAAAAGAGCAUGUACUACGAAGCCUCCAGCUCCACCGCCUCCCUCGCCGUUCCUUCCAGCACCAUCUUGACCCCGAUACCCAAUCCCGAUGAGCUUCCGAUUUCCGUCGAGGAUUUGUCGAACAAACCGUCCUCCUCCGCUGCAGGUCCAUCUGCUCGCGCCGACAACGUUGGACCUCCUCAGGGGUCAAGCGGUAACGGCGACAUGUGGAGACCAUGGUAAUGUUUGAAAAAUGAUCAGGCAUGAAUAAUAAUUAUAAGACUUGAAAAUUCUCAUUCCGUUUCUGUAAUACGUCGCCGGGUGGAAGAUCAAGUAGACGAAGAAGUGGACACGUGGAAAAUUUUACAGAGACAUUUGAGAAUCGAAUGCCAUUUACUCUCAGAAACGGUAGUGCCUUAACUAAUAACGAUGUACCUUUAGAUUUAAGUUAUACAAUGUUCUGUAUAUCGACUGUUUAUCACAACUACAAUAUUUAAUGGUUAACUAUUAUUAAGAAAUCGUCGAUAGUGCGGACGGAGAGAAUUAAAUGAUUAUUUUUAUACAAGCGUGUGUGCAUAAUGAACAAAGAUUGUAUGCAUUUUUGAAAAACAGCUGAAGACCACGUGGACAUUGAAUUUCUAUUUUGUUGCAAAGAAAUUAACCGUAGCCACGCAUUGUUAAUCGUGGUCUAUCAACUUGAAGACUAAAAUAAGCUUUAACGUAUCGUUAGUUUGUACCUCUCUAAGUGUAAAUAAUUUUGUAUAUAAUUGCUUUUCUAAUUUAACGUCAAUAGUAUGCGUAGCGGUAAGGAUUGAGUUAUGCAGUUUAAGUCGAUUCCCAAAACGAUCCGAAGUGGUCGGUAUUCCAAACCAAUUUAGUAUUAUAACUUUGUGAUAAAUAUUGUAACGAUGUUGAAAUUAAUAAAGUUUGUUCCAGUAAAAUUACCCGUUUGGAUCUUCGGUGGUUGGAGAUCGUAUAUCUCAAGAAUCUGAACCAUAAAUAGGCAAUUGUGAUGAUAAGAAUUUGUAAGAAUUUUUCAGUUCAAUGAAACGACCAAAUUUCUUCAGCUGUUUUUCAGUAUAUCUAUUACUCAUAUAAGAAUUUUCAACCUUGUUGUGUAUAAAUGGCGAUAUAUAUGAUUCAAUUGUAUAUGAUUUUUGACAGCAUAAUUUUCUUUAGAAAGUAUGAAUACGUGUAUCAAGUGUGAUUAUUUG